AUGGGGAAAAAGGGGGCGAAAGGGGCAGAUAUUCCCGGCUCCCGCGCCGAUGAACUAGAAGCUGCGGGCGAGGAAGACGCGAGGGCGUGGUGGAGGCGGAAAGACCAUCCUGUUAAAGGUGGGAAGGAAGGAGAGGUGGAGAUAGUGUAUGAGGGGCUAGAAGAGGGUAUGGCAGCGAUCGCGGAGGCUAUCAGAACAGAAGGGCCAUUUAAUGGAGUGAUAGGCUUCUCACAGGGCGCGUGUGCGGCGGGAAUGGUGGCGAGUUUGCUUGAAGGAAGGGAGAGGAGGGAGGCGUUUGAGGAGCGGGAGAGGGCUGGAAGGGGCGGGGUGAGGUUUCCGCCGUCUUUCUUGGAAGGGGAUAGGGUGGGAGAGGGGAAAGGAGAGGGGUUUGUGCAAGGGCCGUUGAAGUUCGCGGUGGCUUAUUGUGGAUUCAAAGCUCCAGGGGAACGGUAUCAGGCGUUCUACGAGCCGAAGAUUAAGACGCCGGUGUUGCAUGUGCUAGGAGCUGUGGAUGUGGUGGUGGAGGAGGAACGGAGUAGAGGGUUAGUGGGGGCUUGUGAGGGAGGGGAAGGAAGGGUGGUCACGCAUCCAGGGGGGCAUUUCGUCCCAAGUCAGAAGGCUUGGCUGGAUGCUGUUGCGGGGUUUGUGGCAGAGUGUAUGGAGGGGAAGAGUGGGAAGGAUGGAGAAGGCAAAGACGAGAAGGUGGAGGAUAUGGAUGUGCCAUUUUGA